AUGCAUCACCAACAGCGAAUGGCUGCCUUAGGCACGGACAAAGAGCUGAGUGAUUUACUGGAUUUCAGUGCGAUGUUUUCACCUCCUGUGAGCAGUGGGAAAAAUGGACCAACUUCUCUGGCGAGUGGACAUUUUACUGGCUCAAAUGUAGAAGACAGAAGUAGCUCAGGGUCCUGGGGGAGUGGAGGACAUCCAAGCCCGUCCAGGAACUAUGGAGAUGGGACUCCCUAUGACCACAUGACCAGCAGGGACCUUGGGUCACAUGACAAUCUCUCUCCACCUUUUGUCAAUUCCAGAAUACAAAGUAAAACAGAAAGGGGCUCCUACCCAUCUUAUGGGAGAGAAUCGAAUUUACAGGGUUGCCACCAGCAGAGUCUCCUUGGAGGUGACAUGGAUAUGGGCAACCCAGGAACCCUUUCGCCCACCAAACCUGGUUCCCAGUAUUAUCAAUAUUCUAGCAAUAACCCCCGAAGGAGGCCUCUUCACGGUAGUGCCCUGGAGGUUCAGACAAAGAAAGUUCGAAAAGUCCCUCCAGGUUUGCCAUCUUCAGUUUAUGCUCCAUCAGCCAGCACUGCCGACUACAAUAGGGACUCUCCAGGCUACCCUUCCUCGAAACCAGCAGCCAGCACUUUCCCUAGCUCCUUCUUCAUGCAAGAUGGCCAUCACAGCAGUGACCCUUGGAGCUCCUCCAGUGGGAUGAAUCAGCCUGGCUACGGAGGGAUGUUGGGCAAUUCUUCUCAUAUUCCACAGUCUAGCAGCUACUGCAGCCUGCAUCCACACGAACGUUUGGGCUAUCCAUCACACUCCUCAGCAGACAUCAAUUCUAGUCUUCCUCCGAUGUCCACUUUCCACCGUAGUGGUACCAACCAUUACAGCACCUCAUCGUGUACACCUCCUGCCAACGGGACAGACAGUAUAAUGGCAAAUAGAGGAAGCGGGGCGGCAGGCAGCUCCCAGACUGGCGAUGCUUUGGGGAAAGCACUUGCUUCGAUCUAUUCUCCAGAUCACACUAACAACAGCUUUUCAUCAAACCCUUCAACUCCUGUUGGCUCCCCUCCAUCUCUCUCAGCAGGCACAGCUGUUUGGUCUAGAAAUGGAGGACAAGCUUCAUCCUCUCCUAAUUAUGAAGGACCUUUACACUCUUUGCAAAGCCGAAUUGAAGAUCGUUUAGAAAGACUGGACGAUGCUAUUCACGUUCUCCGGAACCACGCGGUGGGCCCAUCCACAGCCAUGCCUGGCGGUCACGGCGACAUGCACGGAAUCAUCGGACCCUCUCACAACGGAGCAAUGGGUGGUCUGGCCUCAGGGUAUGGAACCGGUCUUCUCUCUGCCAACAGACACUCACUCAUGGUCGGGGCCCAUCGCGAGGACGGCGUGGCCCUGCGAGGCAGCCACUCUCUCGUCCCGAACCAGGUUCCGGUGCCACAGCUGCCUGUCCAGUCGGCCACCUCCCCUGAUCUGAACCCACCCCAGGACCCUUACAGAGGCAUGCCACCAGGCUUGCAGGGCCAGAGUGUCUCCUCCGGCAGCUCUGAGAUCAAAUCCGACGACGAGGGUGAUGAAAACCUGCAAGACACGAAAUCUUCCGAGGACAAGAAAUUAGAUGACGACAAGAAGGAUAUCAAAUCCAUUACUAGGUCAAGAUCUAGCAACAACGACGACGAGGACCUGACGCCGGAGCAGAAGGCGGAGCGCGAGAAGGAGCGGCGGAUGGCCAACAACGCCCGCGAGCGCCUGCGCGUGCGCGACAUCAACGAGGCGUUCAAGGAGCUGGGCCGCAUGGUGCAACUGCACCUCAAGAGCGACAAGCCGCAGACCAAGCUCCUGAUCCUCCACCAGGCCGUGGCCGUCAUCCUCAGCCUGGAGCAGCAAGUGCGAGAAAGGAAUCUGAACCCGAAAGCCGCGUGUCUGAAGAGAAGGGAAGAAGAGAAGGUCUCCUCAGAGCCGCCCCCGCUGUCCCUGGCGGGCCCCCACCCCGGCAUGGGAGACGCGUCCAACCACAUGGGACAGAUGUGA